AUGGCAACCCAAACACUGGCGCCUUACAAGGCCGACUUCUUGAACGCCGCAAUCCAUGGCGGGGUCCUCAAGUUCGGAAGCUUUGAGCUCAAGUCCAAGCGCAUCUCGCCUUACUUCUUCAACGCUGGAAAUUUCUACGUGGCCGACCUCUUGGAGGCCAUUGCCGUUGCCUUCGCCAAGACCAUUGACGAGGCCCAGCUGGACUUUGAUAUCGUCUUCGGGCCCGCGUACAAGGGCAUCCCGCUCGCCGCCACCACGACGCUUGAGCUCAAGCGGGUGAGCGCCGAAAAGUACGGCCAAAAGAGCUACUCUUUUGACCGCAAGGAGACCAAGGACCACGGCGAGGGCGGCAACAUUGUGGGCGCCCCGCUCAAGGGAAAACAGGUUCUCAUUGUCGACGACGUCGUCACGGCCGGCACUGCCAAGCGCGAGGCCAUUGAGAAGAUCCGGCGUGAGGGCGGCGUGGUUGCGGGCAUCGUCGUGGCUCUUGACCGCAUGGAGAAGCUUACAUCGCCAGAUGGAGAUGAGACCAAGCCCAUGCCCAGUGCCAUCGGCGAGCUCAGAAAGGAAUAUGGCAUCCCCAUCAUUGCCAUCCUGACUCUGGACGACAUUAUUGAGGGCUUGAAGGGGCUUGGUUCGGAAGACGACAUCAGAAAGACAGAGGAGUACCGCGUCAAGUAUAAGGCGACUGAUUAG